CUUACUAUAUAGCUGUCGCAACAACAAACUCAUGGACAACAGGAAGUGUUUCUGAGCCCAAAAUAUUUUUGAUGGUAGCAGAUAUAUAAAUAAAAUAUUUCGGAAUCCAUUCAGAUCACAUUUAAUCAAAAUGAUUUAUGAAACUUAUUCUUGUUGUUCACAUGCUCAGUCGCGAACGUCGCGAAGAAAGGAGUUGUAUAGCUAAACAUGGCUGACCCUUAGAGUGUUGAGUGCAAGUACGCUGUAAGAAAUAUGGAAAAUUUUAAGGAAAAUGUUAAUUCACCAUGCUUGUGCUGUCUAAAAUUAAAAGACGAAUUGCAGAGGGUUGUUAGUGAAUUGAAAUCGGUGGUGGAAAUAGUGAAAAUUUUAGAAGAAGAUCAAGUACAUUUAUCCCUUAAUGUAGACAAUAUUAAUUAUACACUUGUUAAACAAAUAAAUUCAGUGACUAAUGCAAGUAGUGAUGCAUCUCCUUCAUCAAACUGGAAAAUUGUUUCUCAGUAUAAAAGGCAUUAAAAAAUUGACACCGUUUCACAUCAACAAUUUAAGUUUCCAACGGUGGUAAAUUGUGCAAUUUUAGAGUACCUAAAAGGAGAAAACUUAGCACCUUAUUAUCAUAAUAUCAAUCGAAAACCAAAGGUUAAGCAAUUACAGACACUGGCUCGAUCUGCAACAAAUAAAAUUUUAAUAAUUGAUGAUAGCCAUGCAAGAGGUUUUGCUGCAAAUUUGUUACGCGAGUACGGCGAAUCUUUUGAGGAUAUGGAAAAUGUGAUGCCUGGUGCAGGACUCCUGAACAUAACUCAAGCCGCCAACAUGGAUAUAAGAGGAUUGAAUUGUGAGGAUUGUGUCAUCUGUGAUUUAUCAAACGAUAUUAAUAAAAGUGAACCCUCCAAAGGUUUAAAACUCAUCACUAAUUUUGCGUUAUAGCACCAAUAUACUAAUACUCUACUUAUUCCAGCUCUGCAUACACACGAUCUGGAAAAGUCUUCUUGUAUUAACAAUGAAAUUCAGACUCUUAACAGAAAAUUAGGAAAAUUGAUUAAUACUAUGUCACACAUAAAAUUGCUUGACCUCCGUUUGGAUAAAGAAAAUUAUACCCGUCAUGGGAUGCACUUGAAUUCUAAAGGGAAAGAAAAAGUGGCAAGAAUUAUUGGACAGUAUAUAAAUGAACAGCUGAACAGACAGGAUAAUAAUAUCAUUACACUACCAUGGACUAAGGACAAUAAGUAUCCCAUUUCUUUGAUGGAAAGUGAGGUCCCUGCUGCUGUAUGGUUAACAGAAGUAAUGGACUUGCGGCAUACCCACAAAAUGUCAGCCAUGCAGAGGUGCUGGCAGCAGCUACAUCAGUUUUCUGCAGACAGAACCGAACUCUCUACCGCUGCAUAUUCCCCAACAUCUCAGAACGGCAGGUGGAUUCAGUACUAUUGGCUGCAUGGGAUUCAUCACAUGAGACAGAAAAGAAUAUUUACAUAUCGGAGGUUUCCACAGGCAUCUCCCCCUUUGCCUGGUAUACUAUAAUUGCAGCCCUGUUUGUGCUGGUUGCAUGUGCAUUGAGAAAGUUGUAUAUCCGGACAUAUCAUUCUACAAUCCAUGAGGAACAGGAGGUGAUCGAUAGACCCCUGGAGAAGAACAAGUAACUGACCACCCACAGUACGACACCAAAGUUACAGGGGUGCCCUGCAACACGUGUCCCUGAUAGAAGAAGAGAGAAAUUCGAGCCUGCAGUUUUUGCAGCAUAUAAAAAGAAACUUCCGAUGAACAAGGUUGUGGUGGGUAUAGCGCCAAUGCCAAAUACGACUUCAGUUGGACCCAAGGUAGACUCUUGGAGC